GCUGCUCAGGCACAUGCUCGGUGCGCGGGGCCGGCGCGGUUUCCUCGCGGCCUCGUCAGCAGCAGCGGGGCCCCCCGGCCGGCCGGCAUGGCUCCUCCUACAGGUAACGUGGUGGACAGUCAGUCCCCCCGCCCGCCAGCCAACCAGCUGCGCUGGGAUCUGAGUGCUGAGCAGAUCGAACGCAUGGCUGCUGAGCUCACCGAGAGGACCAAGCUGGUGUACGACCGUGUGGGCUCCCAGGAGCAGGGAGAGGUGUCCUAUGAGAACACCCUGAAAGCGCUGGCGGAUGUGGAAGUGGAAUAUACAGUCCGUCGGAACAUGCUGGACUUCCCCCAGCACGUCUCUCCUUGCAAAGACAUCCGUGCAGCAAGCACUGAAGCUGACAAGAAGCUCUCAGAGUUCGAUGUGGAGAUGAGCAUGAGGCAGGAUGUGUACCAGAGGAUUGUCUGGCUCCAGGAGAAAGCAGAGAGUGCCUCGCUGAAGCCUGAAGCAAAGAGGUACCUGGAGAGGCUGAUCAAACUGGGCAAAAGAAACGGUCUCCAUCUGCCUGAGGAAACGCAGGAGAAAAUCAAAGCUAUUAAGAAAAAGCUGAGCGUCCUUUGCAUAGACUUCAACAAGAACCUGAAUGAGGACACCACCUUUUUGCCCUUCUCAAGGGAGGAACUAGGGGGGCUCCCUGAGGACUUCUUGAACUCUCUGGAGAAGACAGAGGAUGGCAAGCUGAAAGUCACCCUGAAAUACCCCCACUAUUUCCCUCUCUUGAAGAAGUGCUACGUGCCUGAGACAAGGAGGAAGGUGGAGGAGAUGUUCAACUCGAGGUGCAAAGAGGAGAACUGCUUGAUCCUCAAGGAGCUGGUGGACUUGCGGGCUCAGAAAGCCAGUCUGCUGGGCUUCAGCACUCAUGCUGAUUUUGUGCUGGAGAUGAACAUGGCUAAAAGCAGCAAGACAGUGGCUACUUUCUUGGAUGAGCUGGCCCAGAAGCUGAAACCCCUUGGGGAGAAGGAACGGGCAGUGAUCCUGGACCUGAAAAAGAAAGAAUGUGAGAAGCGAGGCUUGGAGUUCGACAACCGCAUCAACGCCUGGGACAUGCGCUACUACAUGAAUCAGGUGGAGGAAACCAAGUACAGCGUGGACCAGAACCUGCUGAAGGAGUACUUCCCCAUGCAGGUGGUCACCACAGGCCUGCUGGCCAUUUACCAGGAGCUGCUGGGGCUCACUUUCCAUCUAGAAGAGAAGGCUCAGGUGUGGCACGAGGACGUCCAGCUCUACACGGUGAAGGACACCUCCUCCGGGGAGACCAUCGGCAAGUUCUACCUGGAUCUGUACCCACGGGAAGGGAAAUAUGGACACGCAGCCUGCUUCGGCCUGCAGCCAGGCUGCCUCCUGCCAGACUCCAGCCGGCAGAUCUCAGUGGCUGCCAUGGUGGCCAAUUUCACCAAGCCCACACCGGAUGCACCCUCCUUGCUGCAGCACGAUGAAGUGGAGACCUAUUUCCACGAAUUUGGGCAUGUCAUGCACCAGCUGUGCUCUCAGGCGGAGUUUGCCAUGUUCAGUGGGACACACGUGGAAAGGGAUUUUGUUGAGGCACCAUCACAGAUGCUGGAGAAUUGGGUGUGGGAGAAGGAGCCUUUGCUGCGCAUGUCCAGGCAUUACAAAACAGGAAGCCCCAUUCCUGAUGAACUGCUGGAGAAGCUCAUUAAAUCCCGGCAAGCAAACACGGGGCUGUUCAACUUGCGUCAGAUCGUCCUGGCCAAGGUGGACCAGGCGCUGCACACGCAGACGAAGGCUGACCCUGUGGAAGUGUUUGCACAGCUCUGUGAGGAGGUGCUGGGUGUCCCUGCUACCCCAGGUACAAACAUGCCAGCUACCUUUGGCCACUUGGCUGGAGGCUACGAUGCCCAGUACUACGGGUACCUCUGGAGCGAAGUGUACUCCAUGGACAUGUUCCACACACGCUUCAAGCAGGAGGGAAUCAUGAACUGCAAGGUGGGCAUGGAUUAUAGGAAUUGUAUCCUGCACCCUGGAGGGUCCCUGGAUGCUUCUGACAUGCUGAGGAAGUUUUUGGGCCGUGAGCCCAAGCAGGAUGCCUUCCUGGCCAGCAAAGGACUGAAGGUGGAGAGCAACUCGCUGCCUUCAGCCUGCUAAGAAGCUGCUCCAGCCCGUUUGAGUCAAGCCAGCUCCUUUGCCUACUCACCAGUCCUCUCAGGCCCAGCAAUACCCAGUACUUCAGCACAUCCUGGGCCCGCCCCGUUGGAGCUGCUCCUCCAGGAUCCUCCUCUGAGCCCAUCUGGGCACUCAGAGCUGGGUUUGGUCCGGGUCCUGGGCUCUGCAGUGACAGCUCUGUGUAGGAAAUUGAAUCCCCUUUGUGGCUCCCCAGAAAGGGGCUGGGGCUGUCACUGGCCACAAAAGUUAGCUGAACUUUGUACCUGAUUUCUGGCAGGAGGGUGAGCUUUAGUCUCAUUGUUAGCUGGGGAGGAGGGUGAGAAUUUAGCAAACUUGAACCAUUGUUUUAAAAUCCCUUCGUUAGGAGACUUCCCAUAGGGCUUGACUUGUUUUGUGACCAGAGUAGCCUUACUGUUGAGCGCAAAACAAAACAGCCUGAGGAGUUUUAUUAGGAAUCCCGCUCUCCCCAUCUUUGGGCAGCCGUGGAAUAAACAUAGGAAGAUCUUGGUGCUUAAAAACCAA